AUGCUGCUCUCUUCGAGCUCUUCGUGGGCAUGUGCAAGCGACGAUAGCAACGAGAAAGGGAUACUGUCGCUUACCUUGAGGGGGCUCAGCACAAGACGUAGAGAUCCAUUGAAGGGGCGAAAAAUAUUUCCCUUCGACAUCAUAUGCCACCUUUUGCAAUACUGUGACCCCACAACACAGCGAGCCAUCGCACUUCUCAAUCGCGAUUGUUAUGCGGCAACACACCAAUAUUUAUGGAAUCAUGUCGUUGUGCGACCUUUCCAUGAGGCCAAACGCCCAUUGUGGCCGUGGUCACGUCCUGUCGAUUUGACGCUUUCUGAUUUGGUUGUUGGGUUGCAAAACAUUGCUCGAGACCCAAAUCGGGCUAGAUGGAUACGUUUCUUAUCAAUCCGGGACAACACUCCAGCAACAUCUUCACCGGCACGAAAACGAUCUCCGUCCCAACUCGGACUGGAAUUAGGUUGCUCGGAUCACGAUAAGGAUAAGGUCGAAAUUUCGUUAUUGCUUCUUAAGGCACUGUCACAAACGAUUCGUCUGAGCCGUUUGGACCUUUCUUCGUUCACUUGUUUCCCUUCUGAUCAACUUGCGGACGCUAUCACGCCACCUUUGGUGUCUGGAUCACUGCAACUUUCCUUCCUGGGCGUGCCAUUCGGGUGCUGGCCGUACCUGCUCCCUGCACUCACUUGCCAACCGUCCAUCCGUCAUCUUCUACUCACUCAUCCGAAAGAGUUCAUGAACACUGGUACCGCGGACAUGCCGCCACUCCCAUUUCACGCCCUUCCUCACUUGGAAAGUUUGGCAGUCCCUAUUUGCAAUCUGACCAGCAUAACCAAUGGGCGCCCAUUGCAUGCACUCAGAAUUUUGGGUGCCCCGCAUGGGUAUCCUUCAACCACGCCGUGGCAUUCGGAUUCAAUGUUACGAGGCUUCCAAUCCAUCGCUUUCGACAAGUCGAACCCUGGCCUCAUGCAUCUCGAACUGCCCUUCACCUUCAUCAGCGAAUUCAUCGAGGACGAAAGUGAGUUUGGAGACGACAUAACUGCCUUAUUGCGCCAUCUUGCGCCAAUUCGUCCCGUUUCCAACUUACAAAGGCUCGAUAUAUGUUGCGGGGACCGUGUCCGCUUCCCUGUUGUCCGCGAAGUCCCUUCGAAUCCCGAAUGGCUAGGUGGGGAUGGUAAUCGAGGAGCUUUGCCUCGGCUGAUGAGAGCUCUCAGCUUGUUCGAGGACCUCGAUGAACUUAGAUGGAACUGUUCACAUGCAAAUGUGAUGAAGGGGUUGUGCACGGGAUUUGAUGGGACAGGACCGUGUGUGAACACCAGCGGUCAAUGGGAAGGUUUUGCACGCGCUUGCUCAAAAGCAAACUCAAAACUGCAGCGGGUAUACAUAAACGGGGAGCUUGUGCCGUCCAAAUAG